ACCACCAUCAAACACAGGCAGUCAACUCAUCCGUGUUUAGUGGCUUUACCUGCAGUGUACUACUCUCUGUCAAGAUGACUUCUGUCAGCGAUCUCCAAAAGCUUCUGCCAACUGUGCUGAUAUGGCUAAUAAAUGUUAAGUCUUGCUUGUCUAAGGAUGUAGAGAAUAUAACCACGAUGGACGAUUAUUCCAUGCCCAGUAUGGAUUAUGAUGGCUAUCCUGAACUUUGUGUGAAAGCAAACAACCGCGUGUUCCGCCUCUGGUUCAUGUCUCCCUUGUAUUCCAUCAUCUGCUUCCUGGGGCUGGCAGGGAACCUACUGGUCAUCCUCACUUUCUUCUACUUCAGGCGCCUCAGGACCAUGACGGAUGUGUACCUGCUCAACCUAUCCUUUGCAGACCUGCUCUUUGCUCUGUCGCUCCCCUUUUGGACAGCCAACUCCAUAACCGAAUGGGUGCUGGGCUCUGUUUUGUGCAAGGUCAUGCACACCGUUUACAAGGUCAGCUUCUACAGCAGCAUGUUCCUCCUUUCGCUCAUCAGCGUGGACCGCUACUUCGCCAUCGCCAAGGCUGUCUCCGCUCACCGCCACCGCUCCCGAGCAAUCUUUCUCAGCAAGGUGUCAUCAGCUGUCAUGUGGGUGAUGGCGCUGAUAUUCUCCAUACCAGAAAUGCACUACACAACUUUAAAAAACACCACCUGUACCCCUUUUUCCAGCAAUUACGAUGGGCUCCGUGUCAGCAUCCAGGCGACCCAGAUUGUUUUGGGCUUUGUUGUCCCGCUCCUGGUCAUGAGCUUCUGUUACAGCGGCAUUAUCCAGACCCUUUGCCAGGCCCGUAACUUUGAACGGAAUAGGGCCAUCAAGGUGAUUCUCGCUGUGGUCACUGUCUUCCUAGCCUGCCAAGCGCCUUACAACCUGGUCCUGUUUUUGAACACAGUUGCCACAGCAAAAGGAGGGAUCGUAAACUGCAAUCAUGAUAACAUUCUCCUCUACGCCACGGAUGUCACCCAGUCUGUGGCCUUCCUGAGAUGCUGCCUGAACCCCUUCGUCUAUGCCUUCAUUGGUGUCAAGUUUCGUCAUGACCUCCUGAAGCUACUGAAGGACUGGGGUUGCAUGAGCCAGGAGAGGUUCUUCAGGUAUACUUGUGGCAGGAGGAGGAGUUCAGGGGCCACCGACACUGAGAGCACCACCACAUUCUCUCCUUAAAGCUGUGUCAGCACGGACAAGAGCCUGUUCACACCUGCAGGCCACACAGUCCACUGUUGAACAUUAAGAUGAAAGUCUCAAACAAAAAUGAUUAUGUACAUAGCAGAGGUUGUUAUAUAAAUGACAAUUAUGAAGUCUUUUGUUGUUUUUCGUUGUUUUAGUCUUUCUGUUAGUGUUUAUUCUCGUCCGUUAAUAUCAACUGGGCUUUGUAUUUUUUUUGUUUUCGCCACAGUGUACAGUAUUUCAAGAUAUUCAAUGUUAUAUUAGAUAUUAGAUAUUCACUCAACUGUUUGAUGAGCACCAAAUUAUGUACAUGAAACUAACCACAGUUCUAUACUGUUUUAGUUACUCUUUUCUGUAUUGUAAGAUAUUUUAAUAUUGAAAGAUAAUUCAAUAAAAUUAAAUUCAGUUCA